AAUCUUUGUGGUAAUUGGAUGAGGUGGAUAUGUUUAUAUCGUUUGAUCCGUUUUCCUGUUUUCAAAAGAGACUCGUUGGGGUUUUGGGUCGCAAACAAAAGAGAUAUAUUGGUUUGAGAGAAUGGCAAUGUAAAGCUACUAACGAUUCCAAAUAUGCUUGUCGAAACUGUGAAUAUCAAACGUUAAAAUGGUUAGGCAGGUGUCCUCGAUGCCAAGAGUGGGAUAGCUUUGACUAUGUAUAUCAACCAUCUUCUUUGCAAAAGAAAUAUACGAGAGUUGAUAUUCCUAAAGGAUGGAGAAGAAGCGCCGAGUCUUCAAAGGAUACCGCAGAUUUAUUUUCUGUAGAUGGAGUUUCGCAAGUAUUGGAACAAGAUUCCAAAAGUUUGGAAGAAAGACUAGCAUUAACUAGUGAAGAACUCUCCAGAGUGUUUGGAGGUGGUAUAAUUGCAGGUUCAGUUGUUCUUAUAGGAGGUGAUCCUGGAGUUGGCAAAAGUACUUUGGCAGUUCAGAUUGCAGCUGAAAUAUUACAGCACUGCCAAUCCAAAGUAAUAUAUGUGAGUGGAGAAGAAAGUAUUCCUCAACUUGUUGGAAGAAUAAAAAGGCUGAAUAAAAUUCAAAGUGGUGAACUGAACGUUCUUUCGGAAUCAGAUGUAGAUAGAAUUGUCGACAUAGUCAAAGCGCAUUCUCCAGUGGCUCUCAUAAUAGAUUCUAUACAAACCUGUUCUACGGAGGAAAUAGCAUCAGGACCUGGAACAGUAUCUCAAAUUCGUGAAUGUGCUGCCAAGUUAACUCAACUAGCAAAAGAAAGCAAUAUUGCAACCUUUCUUAUAGGUCAUGUAACCAAAAGUGGUGAUAUUGCUGGUCCAAAAGUACUAGAACAUAUUGUAGAUACUGUAUUAUAUUUGGAAGGAGAACGAUAUUCUAGGCAUCGUAUUUUGAGAUGUGUGAAGAAUCGUUUUGGAAGCACUAGUGAAAUUGCAGUUCUUGAAAUGACCGAGUAUGGUUUAUCUCAAGUGCUGAAUCCUUCCCAAUUGUUCUUAAGUCAACAUCGCAAUGGAGUGAAUGAUUCAGCGGAUAUUGGAUUGGAAGGUUCUGCAGUUGUGGCUACUAUGGAAGGAACCAGAGCUAUAUUAGUAGAAGUUCAAGGGCUAGCAUUUCGUUCUGCUUUUUCACAGCCCAGAAGAACUGCAAAUGGGUUCGAUCUAAGUAGACUUUAUGUCCUACUUGCUGUACUCUCCAAACGAUUGAAUUAUCCUUUUCAAACACAUGAUGUUUAUUUGAACGUUGUAGGAGGUUUUCGCAUUCAAGAACCCUCUGCCGACCUUGCUGCUGCUUUAUGUCUUGUCUCCAGUCUUUGUGAAGUUCGUGUUCGAAAAGAUACUGUAUUCUUAGGUGAAGUGGGAUUAUGUGGAGAACUUCGUACUUGUUGGGACUUGGAAAGAAGAGUUUUCGAAGCAGAAAAAUUAGGUUUUCGUCGCUUUGUUUGCCCAUCUUUAGGUUCUCAAGUUAAAACAGGCUUUUCAGACAUUGAAGAUUAUGUUCAAAGCCACGUUUGAAGAGAAGUAUGGAACAGCUUCGUG